AUGGAUCCACGGUGCUGUCCCGUCCUCCUCGUCGCUGCAUUGGCUGUCAGCCUCUGCUCCUCACCUGCCCUCGCCGACAGAAAAUUCGGUUGUCUGUUUGAAGACGAGCUCUGUGCACCAUAUGAGUUCUGCGUUAAUGAUGGAGUGUUUGGAAGGUGCCAGGAGUUGGCCGGUGCAGACCUGUCCACGUACGAUAUUUCUUCCUCUGGUCUGCAACGCCUCAGGAUCCUCCUACAGAAACUGGCUCACAGAGGUUUGACGUGGCAGGACGACAUCACCCAGCAGGUCAUCUCCAGAGAGCUCUCCAAGUUGAGGCACGUCCCCCUCCGCCAUCAGGCCACUCCUCCAAGCCCCCUGACGGCCUACAGCAGCUCCAGAGACAGGAAACUGAGGCCUGCACAUUCUGAGCUGAACAGAAACCUCCAGCAGUACCUGUCGGGGCUGGGCUUCCUGCCGCAGGCCGAGGUGGCCGGACGACCAGGUGUCCAGCAAGAGGCAGCCAAGGUUCAGAAUGAAGACAUCAAGUCUGCUGAUCGUCUGGAGCCCAGCCGGCCAAAACCCCAGCAGGGCUGGAAGGAGACCACCAUCUACAGCCUGCAGAAAGGAGCUGGCCAACCUCCCGUCACCAAAGUCUUUACCCAGAGUGGAGAGGGCAGGCACCCCAAGCUCAGUACAAGCUACUCCAACCAGGACCCAGGGAGGAGCAAACUCCUCUCCGGCCAUCUGGAACGGCUUCUUUCCGGGGCACCAGGCGCUCAGCAGGGCAGCCCAGGUGGCGAGGCCGCGUCGCCCAAAGGAAAGCUCCACUACCUCAGCUACAUGCAGCCAACUCCGAUCGGCCAUGCAGAGCCGCAGACUCAGGUCGCUUUUGGCUCCAAGACCCAAAGGCCUAAUCUAGACAGGCUGCUGUUCAAGGCCGGCUCAAACCGACUGUCCGCGAAACAGCCUCUCAACGUCAUGGAUGAGCAAUUCAUCCAGAAUAUGGUGAACCAGCUGGGCAGACACAGCGUCCACAUGGAGGCUUUGAUGGGCAAAGACCUGGACCAGCUGGCUGAGGUCAUCACAGGAGCCCUGCAGGAGGUGGAUGAGGAGCGGCCGGCGCUUGGGACCCAGCCAGGACCAGGAGCCACUGACUCCAGGGGGGAGAUGGAGGCUAACAGGGAGCCACUGGCAGAAAUGCAUCUGAAUCAAAACCAGGACCUGAAAUCAGAUAAAGGGCAGGAUCUAAACCAGAAAGACACACCGAGAAUGAAACAACAAGGCCAACAAAUAGACGGUGCAGACAAAGAGCCCGUUGACAAGCAUGCAGCCUUCUUCUCCAAGCUGCUGGACUACCUCAACAUGGAGCCCUUUGGCGAUGCUCCAGAGGUCAACAGUGGGCCGCCGGCUCCCCUCCGGAAAAUGGUCGGACUGGAGAACGUGAGGAGCCGCACGACGCAGGACCGAGUUCCCGACGUCCACCGCUGGGAGGAGAAGACUGCGGUCGAACCCGCGAAGGAGGGCGCCACCCUGCGAUUAACCGGCGGGGCGGAGAGGCCUGACGCGCAGGUGGACUCUGAGAUCGAGAGGUGGAUGCAGGGGGUUCAGGGCCCGGCGGGGAAGAAGCAGCUGGAGGAGCCGCAGAAGAAGGACAUGAGAGUCAAAACCCAGCUGGUCCAUGUGGGGGUGAAGGAGUUUUCCAGCAGAGGGAAGGACAGACACUUUGGCUACAUCAUCACUGGAUCAGACUCCCUCACCACUGACCAGGGCUUGGACCUGAUGGAGCGACUGACCCAGAGACUGAGCCUCCACGCCGCCGAUCUCACCCAGCUCUC